CCAGGAGUUCAACCUCUCCGGGCUGCUGGAGACGGAGGGGAAACCCCUCUUCGGCAUCGGCAUUGAGAACUUCAUCACCUUGGUCGUCUUUGGCUUGAUCUUCACGCUGGGGGUGCUGGGCAACUCGCUGGUGAUCACGGUGCUUGCGAGGAGCAAGCCAGGCAAGCGCCGCAGCACCACUAACAUCUUCAUCCUCAACCUGAGCAUCGCCGACCUGGCCUACCUGCUCUUCUGCAUCCCCUUCCAGUCCACAGUCUACGUGCUCCCCACCUGGGUGCUGGGUGCCUUCAUCUGCAAGUUCAUCCACUACUUCUUCACCGUCUCUAUGCUGGUGAGCAUCUUCACGCUCUCGGCCAUGUCUGUGGACCGCUAUGUGGCCAUCGUGCACUCCCGACGCUCCUCAGCCUUGCGUGUUCCUCGCAAUGCACUGCUGGGUGUGGGGCUCAUCUGGGCGCUCUCCUUUGCCAUGGCCUCACCUGUAGCUCACCACCUGCGCCUCUUCCACCGCGACGCCAGCAACCAGACCUUUUGCUGGGAGCACUGGCCCAACCCACGCCACAAGAAGGUCUACGUGGUUUGCACAUUCAUCUUUGGCUAUCUGCUCCCGCUGCUGCUCAUCUCCUUCUGCUAUGCCAAGGUUCUUAAUCAUCUGCAUAAAAAGUUGAGAAACAUGUCAAAGAAGUCAGAAGCAUCCAAGAAAAAGACAGCCCAGACUGUGUUGGUGGUGGUGGUGGUUUUUGGCAUCUCCUGGCUGCCGCAUCAUGUCAUUCAUCUCUGGGCUGAAUUUGGAGUUUUCCCACUGACUCAAGCCUCCUUUCUCUUCAGAGUAACUGCACACUGCCUGGCUUACAGCAAUUCUUCUGUGAACCCAAUUAUAUACGCAUUUCUCUCUGAAAAUUUUAGAAAGGCCUACAAACAAGUCUUCAAAUGCCAGACAGGUAAUGAGUCACCUCUGAACGAUGCUAAGGAAAACAAAAGUCGGAUAGAUACACCGUCAUCUACCAACUGUACACACGUGUGAAUUUGACAAGUCCUGUAUGUUG